AAUUGUCAUUCACAGAUAUUUUUUACUCUUGAAGAUGAAGUGUAUUGUGCCGGAAAUUUCUUGGCACAAUCGUGACCCUGUGUUGAGUAUUGAUGUUCAGUGUGGCGGGAAUGCAAAAGAGGAGGAUCGUAGGACGUAUCGAAUUGCGACCGGUGGUACGGAUGGGCAUGUCGAAGUAUGGUUCGUUGAAGAACUUCCUGAUGGCUCAGUUAGGGUUGAAUGUGUUUCCGAUCUGAAGCGUCACAAUCGAGCCGUGAACAUCGUUCGUUUCUCACCGUGUGGUGUAUUCCUUGCUUCUGGUGAUGAUGAGUCGACGCUGUUCAUCUGGAAGAUGUCGGAUAGAGAUGAUGAUUUUCAUAAAGACGUCGGAGAUCUUGAUGAAAGCGAAAUGAACCGCGACAAAUGGAUUGUACACAAGACAUUGCGUGGUCAUCUUGAAGAUAUCCAAGACCUGUGUUGGUCGAAAGACUCGAAUUAUCUCGUUUCUGGAUCCAUUGAUAAUUCCGCGAUCAUCUGGGACAUCGGAAAAGGCUGUCAAAUUGGAAUUCUUGGUGAGCACAAGGGCUUCGUCCAAGGUGUGGCGUUUGAUCCGAAGGCUCAACUGAUAGCUACUUUGAGUACCGAUAGAGACUUGAGAAUCUACAACGCAUCAACGAAGAAAGUGAUACAUAGAAUCGGCAAAGUACAAGUUCAAGCUUUGCCUCAGAAGCUUACAUGCGUGCUGGACAACUCAGAAGACGGAAAUGUGCCUAAAAGCGUGCGAUUGUUCCACGACGAUACCUUAAAAACGUUUUCACGACGCAUGGACUUCUCACCAGAUGGAGAAAUUCUCUUCACACCGACGGGUUUCCUUGAACUUGGCUCAUCUUGCUUGAACACCUUUUACGCAUUCUCACGCGUUAAUCUCACUACCCCCGCCGUGGUUUAUCCCAUGGGCCGAAAGACCAGUGCGUUGGCUGUGCGUUGUUGUCCUGUUCUUUUCAAACUGAGAGGCGAGUCACCGCCAUUGUUCGCGUUGCCAUAUCGGAUCGUGUUUGCAGUCAUCACGGAAGACGCUUUGAUUUUGUACGAUACACAGUCGUCGUUGCCUUUCGGGAAAAUCGCCAAUAUCCAUUACACCCGACUGUCCGACUUGGCAUGGUCAUCCGAUGGUAGACUUCUGAUGGUAUCUUCGACGGAUGGAUUCUGCUCUUUUGUCACUUUUAAGCCUGACGAACUCGGUGAAUUGUACGUUCCCGGAGAAACUCUUGAUACGACGCCAUCCGAAAUUCCGAAAAGUUCGGUUGAGAAGACCCCAGGAAAAAUAGAGAAAUCUGACGAGCAAGCAAAAGAAGAAGUUCCGAGUCUUGUUAGUCUUUCUGUGCACGAGGCUCCGGCGAAUGAAAGUCAAGGCGGAGAGCAGAAAUCUAAAAUGCCAUUCGUUAUUCGGGCCAGGAGCGCAAAGCAUGGAUCGCGGCAAAUUUCCAUCAUAUCUACCCAAAAAGGAGAGGAGAAUUCCUUUGUUGAAAUUCCGCAGAAAACAGUUGUCGAAGAAGAGCCUCAAGACAUCAUGGAGGUUGAAGGGACCGGGAAAAGCCCUGAAACCGUGGAGCAAGUUUCGCCGUCGAAACCUGACGGCGCUUUGCCUUCCGCUCCCAACAGCCAGCAAAAGAAACGAGUUCCAUUUCAAACGCUCAGCUCGCCGAAAACAUAUCGGAAGAAACCGCUGCCGUCUUGAGCUCGCAAAACUCCCAGUGUUGAUCGAAUUUCUUUAUUUUGCAAAGCUGCUUUUUCGGUGAUUCAUUUUCACGCACGUUUUCACGUUGAAAAUGAACUUUCUACUUUGUACAGUG